ACGUGGUUGUUCCGGUGAAAAAGUGGAUUUGCUGCUUCAGUACAGUCGGUUUUAGAGUAGAAUUUUUAAUGUUUUAAUUAACAAAUGUACAUAUGUUUUAGCACUAGAGUAUUUUAAUAUAAUAAUACAAGGACACAUGUGUGUUUUUGUUGAGAAAACUCGGCACUGUGACGCCUUCUGCUGCUGCCUAGCUCUCCAUCGGCUGAAGAAACAAUGCAGGCCUAGCUAGCAUCUCACGGUAGCUAGUGGAAGCUAAUCGGAUAACGCUGCUCCAGUAGACUGCAGUGGGAUUUAAACCUUGGACGAAGCCCCAUUUUUCGACGCUGCAAUAACAUCCAUUCCGCGAUGAGCUCUCAGCUGCAGGUCUUCUCCCCCCCCUCCAUCUCCUCCAGUGCCUUUUGCCGCGUUAAGAAGGUGAAGGUGGAGAACAAUGUUUGGGACGUGUCCACCUCCGAAGCUUACAGCUCCCUAGCGGGCCAGUCGGCAUACACCUUCGCCCCAGCCAUGGCCGUGGCACCCUUUGCACCAUCUCUGGUCUUCCCCCCCACAGCGCCCGGCUCAAGAGGUCAAGUGGUGGUGCGAGCCGCUGAUAGCACCGGCAGUCUCCCUCGUGGAUCCAGUCGGCGUGUGGUGGAGCAGGCCACGUCUUCCUCUUACGCUCACACAGAGACGACCUCUGAAACAAGGGGGCACAGGCACGGGCAGAAGAGAAAGAUGGAGGAGACCACUGAAGGCAGCGGGAGCGGUUGUGGCAGUGUCCAAAUAUUGGAGGAGCUCUCAGCCCCUGCAGCAACGUACUCCACCCGUACCGGGGGUGGCGGAGGAGGCACAGGCCAGUCUAUACCCCACUCAGCUACAACCACCAAGAGCAGCAGCUCCAACGGGGAGGGGGAUUAUCAGCUGGUGCAGCACGAGAUCCUCUGCUCCGUGUCCUGCAGCUAUGAAGUGCUGGAGUUUUUAGGAAGAGGCACGUUCGGACAAGUGGCUAAGUGCUGGAAGAGGGGCACCAAUGAGAUCGUGGCAAUCAAGAUCCUGAAAAACCAUCCUUCCUAUGCUCGUCAGGGCCAAAUUGAGGUGGGUAUCCUGAACCGGCUCAGCGCAGAGAACGCGGAUGAGUACAACUUUGUGCGUUCAUAUGAAUGCUUCCAACACAAGGGUCACACGUGUCUGGUGUUUGAGAUGCUGGAGCAGAACCUGUACGACUUUCUCAAACACAGCAAGUUCAGCCCACUCCCCCUGCGGCACAUCAGACCCAUCCUACAGCAGGUGGCUACAGCGCUGAUGAAGCUGAAAAGCCUCGGUCUGAUUCAUGCAGACCUGAAGCCAGAGAACAUCAUGCUGGUGGACCCCCUCAGACAGCCCUACAGGGUGAAGGUCAUUGACUUUGGCUCAGCGAGUCAUGUGUCCAAAGCUGUCUGCUCGACCUACUUACAGUCGCGCUACUACAGGGCUCCAGAGAUAAUUUUGGGUCUGCCAUUCUGUGAGGCCAUCGACAUGUGGUCUCUGGGCUGUGUGAUUGCUGAGCUGUUUCUGGGUUGGCCUCUCUACCCGGGGGCCUCUGAGUAUGACCAGAUCCGUUACAUUUCUCAGACCCAAGGCCUGCCUGCAGAGUACCUGCUGAGCGCGGGGACAAAGACCAGCCGCUUUUUCAAUCGAGGACCUGACUCCAGCUACCCACUCUGGAGGCUUAAGACCCCGUCAGAGCAUGAAAUGGAGAUGGGUAUCAAGUCCAAAGAGGCCAGGAAGUAUAUCUUCAACUGUCUGGAUGACAUGAUGCAGGUCAACCUGUCUUCUCAUUUGGAGGGUACGGACAUGUUGGCAGAGAAAGCUGAUAGACGAGAGUUUAUAGACCUCCUGAAGCGGAUGCUCCGUCUGGAUGCUGACAAAAGGAUCACGCCAACGAAGACUCUGGGUCACCCCUUUGUCACCAUGAGCCACCUCAUGGAUUACCCCCACAGCUCCCAUGUGAAGUCCUGCUUCCAGAACAUGGAGAUCUGUAAGCGCCGGAGCUCCUACGAUAGCAGCAAAUCCCUGUACUCCACCAGCGCAGUGCCCAGCGCUGCCGCCGGCAACCUCACUGUUACCUUCAGUAGCCAGCUCAACCAGCAUAACCAGGUGCCUUCUGCGGGGGGGGCGGUGCCUUUGCUGAACUACCAGCCCGCUCUAUACCAGCAGGCGACCAUCAACAUUCCCGGGCUCGCUCAGCAGAGCGUCCCGAUCCCCACGCGUGCUGCUGGGCUGUGCAGCCAGACUGAACCCUUCCAGCAGACCCUCAUCGUCUGCCCACCCUCCACUAUCCAAGGGCUACAGGCAUCCAGUAAGAGCUCCAGUUACCCUGUGAGGAUGGAGAACUCUGUACCCAUAGUACCUCAGAACCAGGCUGCUCAGGCGUUGCAGCUCCAGCCCAGUAUGCUCACACAGGGUUCCUGCACCCCCCUGAUGGUGGCCACGCUGCACCCACCCUCAGCAGGCAUAGCCCCCCAGUACUCCCUGCCCCUCGGGCUGGGCAACGGGGUUGGUCGGCCCACCCUCCUGGAGCACACAGCCACAGUGCUGCAGGCCUGGCCCACUGGCACGCAGCAGAUCCUCAUCCCGUCGUCAUGGCAGCAGGUCCCGGGCGUGGCCAUCCACAGCUCCGCCCACCAGUCCACUGUCCCCGAGUCCCCCCUGGAAACACUUCACUCAGAAGCUGCCGCGCAGCAGGGACACAGCUGGAGGAAUGCAGCCCAGGGCCGCAGCCAGCAGGAGAGGAAGAAGGUGAAGGCCAGACGGGGAGAGAACAGGAACAGGGGUAUAUCUGCCGCGUCAUUGCUCAGCAGCAGCGGUGUGCCCCCGCUCAGCGCCGCGUGGUCGCAGCCCAUAGUCAUCUCCGACACACCCAGCCCGGCUGUCAGCAUCAUCACCAUCCACAGUGACACGGACACCGAGGAUGAGCGCAAGUUUCAUCCCGCCAGCGUCGGCCUGAGCCAGCGCACUAACGUCAUCAGCUGUGUGACGGUGCACGACUCGGACUCGUCCACAGCGAGCCCCCUGACCCCCCUCCCCCGCACGCUGAACCCAGCGGGCGGCGCGUCGUCUCGCCAGGCCAAGUCUCUGGCAGUGGUGGCGCCUUCAGUCAAAACCCAGGGCACGGAGCGAGGAGCUGCUUCACGUGGACGCCUGGACACUGUGAACUACAUAAAGCCGAAGAGAUCAUCCAACCGGCAGCCCUGCAGCUCCGGGGAGAGCAUGGAGCGGAACAGGCUGCUGCCGAGCCAGUCACACCCUUUAAACCUGAGUCAGGUCCAGCCGGUGGUCUCUUCCUCUCAGGAGCGCUCCCACAGCGACUCGUCUCUGCGCCGCCAGCCGACCUUCCCUCCGGUCGUCUCGUCUCACUACAACUUCCCCGAGGUGUCCGGCCCCGGCCUGUACGCCUACCCCGCCUCCACGGCCCUCUCCUCUGCCUCUCAGGCCAUGGAGCAGCUGCUGAGCCGCAGCCACGCCCCCCACGGACACUCCCCCUCCGCCUAUGCAGCACCGUACACCUCAGCGUCCUCCAGGAGGGACCCGUCCGGGCGGAAGGACUCGGUCAGCAGCCUGCUGCACGGCCUGCCCGCAGCCUACCAGCACCCGUUUGCCGCCGGCUCUCCGUACGUCAGCGUGACCCCCCGCGCCGAGGCCUACAGCGCCUACCAGCUGAGCCCCCGGCGCCUCACACAGUACCCCUACCUAUAGGGGGGCACACACACUUUUAACACAGAAAAAAAAUCUACUUCCCACAUACUAUGACAAAGGGAGUUCAAACUGUAUCUCUAAUAGAAUAACUGUUGUUUGCUGCUUCUGACUCGAAGGUGGCGUCUCUCCGUCGACUCAUUACGGCCCGUCUACACAGCGGCUUUGGAAAAAUCUUGGAGGUGGGCGUGUCUGAAGCUUGACCAACAACCAAUCACAUGAAUCUCCCGCCCCUGACACACAAGCAGCGGUUUGAUUGGCUAGAGCUUGUACUGGCAUAUGAUUCGAUUGGCUGACGCUUCUGCAGAGGCUGCAAAAGUUGAACAUUGCUCAACUUUUGCAGCCUGAAACGCCAGGAAAGCUCCGCUCUGCUUCCCACAAUGCAGUUCGGCGAAAAGUGACGUCACCCCAUUCAAAGUGAAUGGGCAGAAGAGUUUUGGAAGAAGCUUCCAACGCCGCUGUGUGGACGGGCCGUUAUCCCUCUUUCGGGUCUUUUUUUAAAUGGUAUUAUCUGACAUUAUAUUGGUUUAUUUCCCCUUUAACAAUAUUGUUUAUAGCCCGUAUUUUAUCCCCAUCUUAUCCAGAUGUAUAAUUAUGGCAUUGUGGUAAAUGUAUUUUACUCCUGAUAAUCUUGAGGUGUGGUGUGAAGAGAGAUUAUCCUCCUGUCACAAGCUGACACUUUAGGCGAGCUUUUAGACGCCUGACUCACACGGCUAGUGAAGGGCUAGCUGACAAAGAGUUGCAAUUAUUCAUUUCUCAUGACCCAUGUUUUAAUGUUUUCACACUAAUCCAAUGAGACCCUAUGUUUUUUUUUAGCGAACGUAUUAAUGACUGUACCUUAACCCUAUGUCUGAUUACUCACAAAUAUGUCUUUUAGUAUGUUCUAAAUUAUGUUUUGUCGGUGUGAGAAAGGAGGAGGAAGAAGAAGGUCAGAGAAGAUAUGGAAUAAGAGAAAAGAUGUGGUGCAAACUGUGAUGGAUACAUGUUAAUUUAAGUGCACAUGUGAUGGUCUGUUAUUGUAGUGACAGUGUUUAGGCAAGAUUAAUCAUCUCCUUAUGCAAUAUAAACUUCUUUUUUUUUUAACUGCAUCAACUGAGUGCUGAAUGUAUAACUGAAGUACAGAGGGGGAUUAACCAUCCACAGGAACGACGUGAAAAGCUUUUGUUUUAAAUUGAUUAUGAAAAUAUUAACCUUCUUCCCUACUUUACUCUCCUUGAAAUAUUAAAAAACAUCCAGUUUUAUGUGGACCGAAAAAUAUUCUAUAUCUGAAUCCUGAUUGUGUAGGACCUGCUCAUUUACUAAAACUGAUUUAUGGCCAGUUUGAAAUGUUUUAUGAUCAGCAUUUUGUCCUGGUUUCUCCCCAUGACACUUUGGAUAUGUUCACUAGAAAGUUGUAACAAACCACCCACACUGCUGUCCUGGUGAAAAUAAGAUCUUUUAGCAAAUAGGCUUCUGUGUUACUCUGUCUGAUGAGAGCCCCUUUAACAGUUAUGACCCUUUAUAAUAAGUCAAAGGUGGAUCUGUCCAUUCAAUGUACAUGAGGUAUUAACCCCAGAAUAUGUGCAUAAAUGUCCCCUUUGAUUUCACUCGCAUCUGAAUAUAACAUUUUGAAUAACAACUCUUCACAUGAGUUAGUGUGUACAGCAGGCACAGGUCUCGUCUGGAAACAGCUGAUUUGGGCCUUUUCCUGCCACCAUGUUUUAGUUCAAGGUGAACCUCGGGAUGGUUUCUGUGGGUUAUGAAAGCUUUUUAGAAAAUCGUUCCCUGUUGUGUUUGCAUCAGUUUUGUGUUGUAAUGUCUGAAUAUUUAACUGUAUUUCAUCUUAACAUAGUGUAGUUAAGAGGCUGUUUGGUAGAACUAAUUCAGGGAAAAAAGGUUUCAGCUCAAAUAAUCCACUGUCACUGUUUUCAAUAAAAAUAACCACAAAUUCACAA